AUGUCUUUCGCCGUCGCAUCCACCGCCACUCUCGUCACCGCCACCGCCGCCCGUCCCGAGCGCGCCUCCACCAGGGGUAUCGCCGCGCGCAACCGUGUCGCCGCGAGCAUCGCUCCCCGCUCCGUCAAGGUCUCCGCGCGCGCCUCCCGCGGCUUCCGGGUCGUCGCCAUGGCUGAGAAGAAGCCCAAGAUCCUCCGCGAGAACGAGAAGGAGGCCUGGUUGAGCGAGAUGGAGAGGGAGGGUGCCAACCCGUUCAAGGAUCCCAUGGCCAUCGUGGGCAUCCUCGGCAUCACUUUCCCCUUCGUGAUCCUAGCUGUGGCAGGGGCGGCCGGUUACAUCGGCCAGUGAGACCGAUCCGCCCGACCCACGUAUUGACUCCAUCUUGUAUUAAUCCUGCCUAAGAAUCAC